AUGAAAAUUCAGAGGGAUGUUAAGUGCUUCUGGAGAGCAGUGAAAUUGACUUGGCAACAAUUCUGCGAUAGAACAUUCAUUCACGGUAUUCGCUACAUUGAGGAUUCAGAAGGCAAUUUUUAUACUCACGUGAUGUGGCUUAUAGUCACAUCCACGUCGCUUAUUCUGGCUAUAAUGCUCGUGAACACCUUCUGGGAAGAGUACAAGACAAAUCCCACGAGGAUGAAUGUCGAGAGUGUUAAUGUUCCCAUAUCAGAAUUGGACUUUCCCGCGGUCACCUUCUGCAAUGUGAACAGGAUUAUCAUAGAGCGAACGGAAGAGUUUGCAGAGAGCUUAAUCGUCCCAUCGAGUCUUGGUGAAAUAUCUUCUAAGCAGAUUAGUCAGUGGCUUAAGAACAUCAUCGGCUUCUCUGACUACAUCAGUGAUGUAAAUCCCGAUCAUUUGGCGACUCUGCAGGAUAUUCUCAAUGCCAAUAAUGUCUCCAUCGCCACCACUAUGCGCCUGGUGCAGCAAUCCUGCUCAUCACUGCUUGUCCGAUGUCGCUGGGAGGGAAAAAUCGUCAAUUGCUCCAGCAUCUUCAGUCCCUUGCCCACCUUCCGUGGUUUUUGCUGCUCCUUCAAUGCCCUCGCCUCCUUGGGCAUUGCGGUGGCGCAACGGACAAAUCACUUUGGAAUCGGGAGUGGUCUGUCCGUUGUCUUGGCGCCCUCCUUAGAGAACACCACAGUGAGUGGCGCCUACACGAAAGGCGUUCGCGUGUUGAUCAACGAACCGGCGGCGUAUCCUGGCGACAGGAGCAUCGAGAAGAUCUAUCCGCUGGGAAUGGAAAACCUCGUGCGGGUUUCCGGAGAACAGACAAAUUGCUCAGACAUGGUCAGAAAUCUGCCCAUAACCGAUCGAAAGUGCUACUUUCCCACGGAUUUCCGACUCAAAUUCUUCAGCAAUUACAGAGAGAAUAAUUGCGAUAUUGAGUGCAGAAUUGAUGAAACCCUGAAUUAUUGCCAAUGCGUGCCAUUCUUCUUUCCUAAUCCCCAAAAUCUCGAUGUCUGCAAUGUUACACGGAUUCCCUGUCUGGUUGAUAAUUAUGAUCUCAUCAAUCGGCAAAGUACCAACGGUACUGAGCCGUUUUGUGAUUGUCUGUCCAAUUGCAAUGGCAUUUACUACGAUGUUCGCUCCAACAGUGCUUUUCUCUCCAAAUAUCCGUACUCGACAUCACCGCUUUACAAGGACCUGAACGUGAGCACUCACAUGAUCGUCCAUGUGUUCUUCGGAUCGCACGAUUUUAUGAAACUGAGACGCGAUUUGCUGUCUGACGUUGUCGUCCUCAUCGCAAAUCUCGGUGGGGUGUUCAAUCUUUUCCUGGGCAUCAGUAUCCUCACGAUGCUGGAAGUGCCCUACUUCGCCACGGUGAGACUCUAUGCCAACUAUCGUCACCUCGAGGAGGAGCUGAGGAAGCGAGAGCUCUUCGUGAAGCGCCUCCACGUGCAGGCACUUCAGAUGAAGAUGCGAGCCACUCUUAUGCACCACAAAUAA